AACAAGCUUUUUUUUUUAGUCCGACGUCCAUUACAAGCUUUGAUCACCUCUUAAGUUUUAACUAAUAAACCAUAUUAUUUUCAUUUUUAAAAAAAUUAAUAAGAAACAUAACGAACCACUACAAUUUUUUAUAUACUUUUUUAGUUUUUUUCACAUGGGCUAAAGCUAAAUGAACACCCUGUACAAUUCGCUAUCUUACUUCUUCAUAACUAUUAUUAUCCGUUAAUUUCAAUUUAGGUAACUUUAUUACAAGUGCCCUUUUUCAGAAUAAUAAUAAUGAAAUGAAAACAUACAUAAAGAUGAAGUGAUAUAGCAUCAUUAAUAUAAAUAAGACAUCUUAGCCAUAGACUGAUAUAUACGUUUUUUUCAAUGAAAAAUGAGGAAGUUAAGCAGAGUCUUGCACUUCCUAACUACCAACCGCCAUCUUUGUACCUCUUCAAUGAUCAGUCUCAAUCACAUGCUCACCACUCAUCUUCACAACAACUCCAUAAAAGAUGCGACUGUACUCUUUGAGCUUAACCCCACAUCCCGAAAUAUCGUCUCCUACAACAUAAUAAUCGCCUUGUACGUUAAAAAUGACCGAUUGCGACAUGCCCAGAAGCUGUUUGAUCAAAUGCCCCUUAGAGAUGUUGUAUCGUGGAACACCAUGUUAUUGGGUUUAAGGAACACUAAAAACCCACAUGGCGUUUAUGGUUAUUUCUUACAAAUGAUAAGAACUAGUUUCAGCCCCAACGAGUAUACCAUCUCCUUGGUUCUCAGCGCGGUGUUUAACACUGAGCUCAACCUUUUGGUACCCCAGAUUCACUCGUUUGUAGUUCGAGUUGGGCUCAACCCAAGUUUGUUUGUUGGUUCAGCAUUGAUGAGAGGUUAUGCUGAUGUUGGGGAUCCAUUUGCUUUGAGCAGAGUGUUUGAUGAGGUUUUGGACAAGGAUAUUUCUUCUUGGAAUGCGUUGGUUUCAGGUUACAUGAAAAUUGGUUUUAUAAGGGAGGCUCAGAGAGUUUUCGAUGUCAUGCCAGAGAGGAAUAUUGUUUCUUGGACAAGUUUGAUGAACGGGUAUAUUGACAAUAAAAUGAUCAAUAAGGCUCGCUGGGUUUUCAACAAAAUUAACCAAAAGAAUGUGGUCUCCUGGACUGCUAUGAUUAGCGGGUAUGUGCAAAGCCAGCGGUUUAUUGAGGCAUUGAGGCUCUUCCCCAUGAUGCUGAAGUCAGGCAUUCCGCCUAACCAUUUCACGUUUUCGAGCCUGCUUGAUGCGUGUGUAGGCUGCUGUUCACUUCUCACUGGCCAGCAAGUUCACUCAGGUGUCUUGAAAUCCGGCAUACCAGAUGACAUUGUCUUGUUGAGCUCACUUGUUGAUAUGUAUGCAAAAUGUGGCGACAUUGAUGCUGCAUUCUCUGUUUUUGAGUCCAUGUCGAAUAAGAACAUGGUUUCAUGGAACACAAUGAUAGGAGGCUACGCAAGACAUGGACUUGCAAAAAGGGCGUUGGAUGAGUUCAAGAGAAUGACAAAGAGUGGGAUCAUGCCAGAUGAAGUAACUUUCGUAAGCAUAUUAUCAGCUUGCGCUCGUGGUGGAUUGAUCCAGGAAGGUGAGGAGCAGUUCAAUGCAAUGGUGACCGAGUAUGGAGUCCAAGCCAGGGGAGAGCAUUAUGCUUGUAUGGUGGACCUAUAUGGAAGAGCAGGUCAUCUUGAGGAAGCAGUGGAAUUGAUCAAGGGAAUGCCCCUUAAGCCUGAUAUUGUUGUUUGGAGUGCAUUGCUUGCAGCUUGUGGCUUGCAUUCAAGUUUGGAACUUGGUGAGUUUGCUGCUGAGGGGAUUAAUAAACUGAAAAAUGAGCACCCUGUGGUUUACUCGGUGCUUAUGAAGAUUUAUGGGGAAAAAGGGGCUUGGAAUAGUGCAAUGGAGUUGAGGGAAAUGAUGAAAAAGAAGAAAGUUCAAAAGCAAAAUGCAGGCAGUUCAGUUGAGUCGCGUCUUUCUUAAUUCUCUUUGCUAACAACAGAUCUCCAAGUAUAAGCGACAAAACUGAUGAUACAUAGAAAAUAUAAUACGAAAUUCUCACGGAAUAUGUAAAAAAAUUAUUUUCAGGAUUAACAUUUUAACAUUUUAGUCUGUUCAUUAAAUUAAUUAUUUUCUA